AUGUCCCAGUACGAGUCAUCCGCGUCUACAUCGUGGGGCGCCGGGGGUGGCGGGCGACGCAAGAAGGUCUACGAAUAUCUGAAGGCGGCUAAUGAGCUACGGCAGACGUAUACGGCGCAAUGGGCGGCGCAGAGGAAUAACCCGCGUGAUUACCAUGAGGAUUACUACAAUACCCCGGGUGCGUUUUCCGAUGUGGAAAUCACGCGGUCUGGAAAUGAGGAGAUGGUUCUGUUCCCAAGCUAUGCGAGGAGACUUGUGAAGGGAAAACAGCCGGAGGUUCAGGCCCGCCAGCGGCGCGAUUCGACUUCGACGAUUGAUGAGUACCGCGGUGUGUCGGACGAUCCAGAGCCCGCGUCCGAGUGGACACAAUACGAGGACGAGCAUGCAGUUGUGGCUGUCGAUGUGCGAGGCUGGGUCUACGCACCUCACCGCGGGCCGAUGACCCGGAAACAUCGCUUGCUGAUUGCGCUGGCCAGGAAGCUGAGCGGCAUACCUGCUCCUAACACUACAUCGGCUGAUGAUGGCAACGCGACUGCAGCUGUUGGCACUCCUACGAAAACGAACGGGGCUAGCGAGGAGGAAAUGGUGGAUCAAGAGAUGCAGUCUAUUAUCAGUAACGCGGAGAAGAGCGCAGAUCCUGUGUGGAAGGGCAGUGCUUCCGAUGAUCGCAGUUCAAGUGCUUCUCCUGAGAAGACCACGCAACCCUCGCAGUUGAGCAAAGAUGAGCUGACAGUUGCGAAUGCGCAUCUCAUGGAGAGACUGCGCCCCUUUCUUACAAAUCCCAGGGCGGCAAUGCCUGUGACUGUCUUCUUCUACAACGACGAGCAAAGCCAAUCGAGAAACGUCAUGACAGACGAAUCGGGCCACUUCAACCUCCGUGCAACGCUGCCGUUUGUACCAACUCACAUCCGCGUGUUGGCCUCAGAGGAACUGUCCGCUACAAAAGCGAUUCAAAUCAUCGAGCCAACAGGUGUCAGCUUGAUUAGUGACAUUGACGACACUGUGAAGCAUUCUGCCAUCACAAAUGGCGCGAAGGAGAUAUUUCGGAACACGUUUGUCCGCGAACUGGCCGACCUCACUGUCGAUGGUGUCACUGAUUGGUACAACGAGUUAGCCAAGAUGGGUGUAGAGAUUCACUACGUCUCUAACGCACCAUGGCAACUCUACCCGUUGUUGGAACGUUAUUUCAAACUGGUUGGACUUCCUCCCGGGUCCUUCCACCUGAAGCAGUACAGCGGCAUGCUGCAGGGAAUUUUUGAGCCUACCGCAGAAAGAAAGAGAGGCUCUCUGGAACAAAUCCUGCGGGACUUUCCUGAACGCAAGUUCAUCCUGGUCGGCGAUAGUGGUGAGGCAGAUCUUGAGGUCUAUACUGAUAUUGUCCUGGCGAAUCCUGGCAGAAUCCUGGGCAUCUUCAUUCGUGAUGUCACCACGUCAGACCGUAAGGACUUCUUUGAUAAGUCUGUCGAUCAUCUAGAAGGCGUCCCUGCUCGUAGUCACAGUACCCCUCAACUUGUCGAUGAUUCGGAUGCGAUAGCAAAGCGGCCCGCGUUGCCGCCUCGUCGGCCGCGUGAAUCCCCAACGCCAUCUACAGGUGCCGUUAGUAUUGAUAACGGCGACCUGAUCGAUCUACGGGGCGAACAGGAAGAGAAAAACGUAUCGGCAGAUGCGCCCAAGCCCGCAAGCUUCCGUACGCCGCCCAUGAAACCGAGCAAACCCUCCUCUCUUCGAGCUGUGACAAAGAAUUCGGAGUCGACAGAAAAUCCGGGUUCUUCUCAAAUUCAGGAUCUCAUCCGGCGCAAGCCUGUUCCUCCAGAAUCUUCGAGCUCCCCUAAAGCAUCGGCACAGAGUACAAGUUACGCUGGCGGCGUCCUGAAUGCAGUCCAGUCGGUCACUAACUCCCUCCCAGCGGCGACAAAGCAGUUACCGUUCCGUCCCAAGACUUCUGAUGGCAUUGGCGCGGUUGAUCAACCAUCUGACGCGACAAAGUCGGCGCGUCCCAAGCAAGCCCCUCCGCCUCCACCACCGCGGCGUACAAAUACAGGGGCUUCGACUGCUACUUCGGAUAGCCCCGGUAACCGGCCAGCAUCGCAAAAAAUACAGUCAUACCCAGCUUCGGCCGCUGCUGCCGCGUAUCAAUUCGCGUCUGAACGUCUGAAUUGGUCUGCGUCGCCAGCUGCUUCUCUGCGGUCGAGAGCUUCGAUCCCAUCGCUGAGUCGCUCCAGCACCAAUCCUGUGAACAAUCAAUCAGACUCGUCAUCUGUUCCACCUCCUCCACUACCUAAUAAGAGAGAGGAGCUGUGGCGACGGCGUUGGGAACGGGCUAAUGAGCUCCUAGCGGAGCAGGGGGUUGUGUUGGGCAGUUGGCGUGUGGGAAAAGAUAUGAAGGAUGUCAGUGUGUGGCUGGUACAACAGGCCACGAAAGACAUGCAGAAUGAUUCCAAAACGCAUUCUGACCCGAAGACAUGA